AUGGCUCUUCUCCUGGAAUAUUUCUCCGCCGCCAUCCCCUCAACCACAGUGAUUACCACGCUAAUCAUACUGGGAUCGAUAUCAAUAUUACUAUUACUUCUCCGAAACAAGUCAGCCGCCGCAAUUAGUACCAGAUCCCACUCGGCGGGGAAAUUACCACCACCGGGCCCAUGGAAGCUGCCGGUGAUCGGCAACAUCCACCAGCUCAUCGGCGGUGGGCUCCCCCACCACGUGCUGCGGGAGCUGGCCCACAAGCACGGCCCACACGCGAAAGCCCACGACCUCAGCUUUGCGUCGCGGCCGCGGCUCCUGCUCGGCGACGUCGUCCUCUACGGCGCCAGGGACAUCGGCCUCGCGCCUUACGGCCCUUACUGGCGCCAGAUGCGGAAGAUCUGCGUCGUCGAGCUGCUGAGCUCCAGGAGGGUCCUCUCCCUCCGCCCCGUCAGGGAAUCCGAAGCCUCCAAACUCGUUGCCGCCGUAAUUAGCGCCGCCGCAGGCGGCGCCGCCGUUGACGUCAGCAGGCUUUUGCUGACGUCAACCAGCAGCCUCAUUUUCAGGGCGGCGUUCGGGAUGGCGGUGGAUGACGACAAGGAGGCGGAGUUCAUGGAGAUCGUUUCGGGGCUUUGCGAGGCGAUGGGCGGUUUCGCCGUGUCGGAUCUGUUCCCUUCGGUCAAGUUCCUUCCGGCGUUGACCGGGUUCCGAUCCCGCCUCACCGAGUUGCAUCUGGCGGCGGACGGGAUGCUUGAGGACAUCAUCGACGAACACAAAGCCCGACGUCGAAACACCGCGGCCGCAGCUGAUCGCAACUAUUCCGAGGAUCUCGUGGAUGUUUUUCUGAAUCUUCAGGAAGAUGGGGGUGAAUUGGAAUUCCCGUUGACCAUCGAAUCCAUCAAAGCGGUCAUUUUGGACAUAUUUCUUGCUGGUAUCGAGACGACCUCAACAACGGUGGAGUGGACCAUGUCCGAAUUGAUAAGACAUCCGGGUGCGAUGCAGAGAGCACAUGAUGAGGUGAGAAAAACGUUUCGUGGUGGUGUCGUCGAUGAGGAGGGUCUUCAUAAUCUCGCUUACUUGGAUUCGGUUAUUCAGGAGAGCUUGAGAUUGCACCCCCCGCUUCCUUUGCUUCUUCCCAGAGAAGCUCGGGAACGGGCAGAGGUCCUUGGGUAUGAGAUUCCUUCUGGAACUAAAGUUAUCAUUAAUGCCUGGGCGAUCGGACGAGAUCCCCGUUUCUGGCAGGAAGCUGAUAAGUUCGUCCCGGAAAGGUUCACUGACCGUCCUAGUGAUUAUACCGGGAAUAAUCUGGAAUUCAUACCUUUUAGUUCCGGGAGGAGAAUGUGUCCCGGAAUGUCGUUUGGAUGGAGUGCCGUGAAAUUGACAUUGGCAAAUAUGCUCUAUCAUUUCGAUUGGAAACUACCCAGUGGAAUUACCCAUGAGAAUCUUGAUAUGACCGAGUGCUUUGGUGCUGGGGUCAGAAGAAAGCAUAGCUUGCACUUGAUUCCAAUAGCAUAUGAUGCAAUGACUUGA